CCCAACAAUAUCGCGACACAUCACGACAAUGGCCUCUGUCCACCCACCGAUCGAUGGUGAUAUGGGUGAUGUGAGAGUGGUUGCCUUUUCUCAGGGCGAUCCUGAACGCGCUGCAAAUUGGAGUACUCGCAGAAAGAUUCUCGUCCUCAUUAUCGGGCUUGCACUCGCAUCUAACAGCACACUUGGUUCCUCUCUCCCAAGUGGCGCUUCUCACUAUCUGUCCAAAGAAUUCAAUGUAUCGAGUACCGAACAACUGGCAUUGCCAAACUCCGUCUUUCUGAUUGGAUAUGUCUUUGGGCCGCCGUUGUUCAGUCCACUCAGCGAGAUGCAUGGCAGAAGAAUCGUGAUGCUUUCGACAUUUUUCGGCUUUACAGUUUUCACCCUGGCAUGCGCUUUGGCACCUACAUGGACAGCUCUGUUGAUUUUUCGCUUCGUCUCGGGUGCCUUUGCAUCAGCGCCAAUAACAGUUGUGGGCGGAAUUUUUGCCGACAUCUAUGAUGACCCUGUGAGAAGAGGUCAGGCAAUAGCCCUGAUAGGAUUGACCUCUAUAGGCCCAAUCAUUGGACCUAUCAUUUCGGGAUUCGUAUCACCAGUCUCGUGGAGAUGGUCGUUUUGGGUCGGGCUGAUAAUUGCUGGUGUAACUUGGCCGCUUGUUCUUGCUCUUCCAGAGACGUAUCCUCCAGUCAUACUUUUGCGGCGUGCAAAACGGAUGAGAGUGGCAUCGCCCAAUAGCUCUCGUGCCAUAUACGCGCCCAUUGAACUUGAGGAUAAUGGAUGGAAGCACACUGUGACGGUAAAGCUCGCAAGACCGGUGGUGAUGUUCAAAGAACCCAUCGUUAUCUGCACCUGCAUGUACUUGGCUCUCCAAUUUGGCAUAUUCUAUAUCUUUUUUCAAGUUUACCCCAUUGUGUUCCAAGGCGUAUACAAGUUCAAUGAUGGGCUGGCUGGUGUAGCCUUGGUUCCAGUCGGCGUUGGUGGCGUGAUAGGGUGCGGCAUAGCAAUUUGGUACGACAUAUUUCUCGAACAAGCGAAGAAACGCAAUGCUUCGUGGCCAAAGAGCGAAGAAUAUCGUCGACUUCCUUUGGCGUGCAUCAGCGGGCCAUUAAAUGUGUUAUCGCUAUUCUGGCUGGUAAGACUUCCAAAGCCACACCGCGGGGAUCUUGAGCUAAUUUACAUGUUAUCAGGGUUGGACAGCCCGAUCAGACAUUCACUGGAUCGUUCCCAUGCUUGCCGGAGUCCCAUUCGGCAUUGGUCUCGAAUUGGUUUUCAUAUCCAUGCUGAAUUAUCUUGCAGACGCAUACGACCUUUUUGCGGCAUCGGCUUUGGCAUCGUCGGCGUUCAGUCGUAG